GCCCCCAUAGUGGUUGUAGAAAACGAUGAUGAUUUUAACGUGAUUCAGCCAAAACUCCUGCAACAAUUAAAGACCAUUCUAGAUCAAUACCCUGAUGAUGGGCAGAUACUGAAGGUAAUAUUCAUUUAGUUAAAAAGCCUUAAAACCGAUCUUUCUCAACAAAUAUAUCCCUUUUACCAUUUAAAUGUCUGCGUACGUUUUCUGACGCUUAUUUUUGUCACACCCGGUGUUUAAAGGAGGAGGGAAAUCCGGGUAACACCGCGCCUCCCACCCCCUUGGUUCCCUUUCACGGCAAGCAAACAGCCUGGAUAUAAUGUAUAGAUUUAGCCAGGGCUAAAAGCGAAGCUCCCGUUAAUAAAUUCAUAAUUUAAAUCAAACAAUAAACUUGUAAUCCACAGAUCAGGGCACAUUCAUUUGACAUUUGAGGCAAAGGCUUAGUGAUUUUAGAGAAACAUAAUUUGACAGUCUAAGAGUGAAACAAAUUUUACAUCGAGUUAUUAAAUAGUCUUAUUUGUACACCCAAAAAUAGCAAUCAUGUUCGAUCACAGUAGAUUAGGCCUGGAAAACAAGUAGACCUAUUCGUGUAUUGUAUUUGCAUAAGCUGUUGUGGCAUUCACCAGUCUCUCCAACAAUGCUCCGUUAGAGAGACUAUGGAUAAUUGGACACCCCGAAAUGUAAUUUUAAGAAACACACGCGCCACGAUAGUCCUUGGUGGCAGCUAAUUUACACGUUGCAUUCCACUUUUUAAGAGAGAGGCCAAAAUAAAAAAUCAGUCCGGAUUUUUUGUGUUAGACAAGUUCAGUUUACUAGUAAAUCUUGCGACGAAUCUGGUGGCGUGUAAACCAGCCUUUUAAACAUAUUUUUUCUCAUCACGUCUCAGGUAAACAGUACUAUGAGGCCCUUUUUUUUAUCAUACAGACCUCGGACAGAAUUUGUUCUUUUUUUCCCUAUUUAAACCUACAAUUCUGCAGUUUUUCACAAUUUUGCAAGAGAAUUUUUGCACUCGUUCAAUAUCCACGACGAUCAAAGCCACGCUUCCUUUGCACAGCAAAUUAUAGCAUUGAAUUAUAAAACGUUUUCGUGAAGAGAAUUCUAUAAUGCCGGGACUUUUCAGUUAGAAAAAUCUGGUCCUAUGUGAUAUGCAGGGUAAUAAUUAUGGGCUUUUAAUGAAAACGAUUAAAUAAUUCCCAAAAUCACUUUUCGGCCAGCCAGACGCGUUCUCACUUGUGGCAGGCACCAAAUUUGCAAUGCGAUUAAUAGAGUUACCAUUUACGCUUCAACAUGAUAGAUAAAUUGUUACGUUUAGGUUUUAUUUCCCUUUAUUUAUCAAACUGUGUAUGGUUUUGUUAUGUGUAAUCUUUAAAAGCGAGUGACAUUUACGCGCGGCGUUUUGAGUAUUCCUUCAUGCGAUGUUUAUGUUCGACUAGAAACAAGCGGUGCAGCGAUAAAAAUUGCGAGAGGGGCUACUAACAAUCAAUAAAGUAAAUAUUAUUCGGUGAAACACGCACAGAGACAAUAAUUUUCAUUCACGAAGAGAAGUAUUGAGAGUAAAGUGUCUUUGAAAAUCUUGAGUCAGAUAAGCAUAAGCUUAUUUAUGUUUUAAGCCGGCUUCCUGGUGUUUGCUCUUUUUCAAGAUGAACUCGAGGGAGGAAAAUCGCUCAGCGCUUUCUGCUUACAGCCAAAAUCAUAACUAAAUAUCCUUCGAAACGUCCUCUUUGAAUUUGCGGUCAAAAAAUGUCUAAAGGCUUUUCAAACCUGAUACUAUUGUAGAUAAACUUAAGCCGCAUAAACCAUACGCUCGACGUCAGGAAACCAAAAAAAAAAAAUACAUCAAAUACAAUAAUUGCUCAGGCUUACCAGUCGAGAUGCUGCUUGUGAAGGUCAUCAAGUGUUCCAGAAUCGCUUGAGACUUUUCAACCCUCUUACGCCUCAAGCAAGGCCAAGUGAGUAAGCUCAUUUUUGAAAACGAUGCUAUCCGAGAUCGGAUUUCCAAUGACUUUGACAAGCGGCGCAUUUGUCAACAAAAAGCGCAAUAAACAAACCAGCCAUGAAUUACAGAACAAUCUUGAUAGCAGCUGUAUUUCAUUUUGUACACCAAGUAGAAAAAGACAGUUUAAAACAUCACAAGAUGACACAAAACUCUGUCAGACGCUGCAUAAAUUUUCUGCAUGAACACACCUGUCAAAUUGUGACCAAUCAGAACAUAACAAUUGGACGUAGAGCGUGAUCAACGCGUGACAGUGAGAAAAGUCAAAAGUGAUUGCCUUCCCUGUAUGUUAAUGUAAAAGCCGGUUGAAUUUUCGCGUCCGAGGUCAGUUCGAAAUCAACAUUUUAAAAGUGCGGCUCAUGAACACGACUUAUUUCAUAUGCAUUCUAAAAAAAAAUUGAACUUGAGCCUGCAAUAAUUGAAAAGUCUCAACUUGUCAGCUGAUACCUUCAAAAAAACACUCGAACUCAGUGGGUCGAUACCUGAGUCCGCGAUAGGGUCAGGCGAUACUGGUCAGCAGAAACACUAUUUUGACAGCUGUCAAUUAAUCAAAAGAUGUAUGUACAAUAUCGGGUUGUAGGCUCCCAAACUAGCUAGAAAGUGUGAGAUUAUACAUUGGUAUGCCUGUGGUGCAGACGAACGGAAGGUCGGGUGGUCGGUGUACGGACACGUGAUUGCCGAAUUUUCUAGGAUGGAUAGAUUUUCUAAGCUAUGGGGCUUCCAAUUGAGUCCGUGGUCAAAUAAAAUAUCAGCGCAAAACUUUAAACACUACGUGACCUCAAUGGAUAGAAAAAUGAGCCCGUGAUACACUCAGGUGAUGAUGGUCAGCGUAUACUCUAGUUUGACAGCUGUCAGUUAACCGUCAUUAGAAUGGCGAAUAUUCGAAUUAACAGACUACGAGUGUGAGUAAGACAUAUCCGUCCGGCAUGUAGUGGAAAAUGCCAGAUCGUGUACCCGAGCGCACCUGAGCCCACGUUUAUAGUUUUCUGAUAGUGGUCUGCACAUGUCCCAUUUUGACAGCUGUCAAUUGACCUUAAUUUGGCUUGCCAAUAUAACUAUAAACGACUAUCAGCCAAAUGACAGCCUUGCCCGGCGUAGUUUCGUUUUUAUGUUGAAUUGGUAAGUGUGACAUAUUAUAUCAGCUUAUGUGUAGGGGCAAAACGACUGGUCUUUCAUCUGAGCUCGCGAGAUGGUCAUGUGAUAACCGUCAGCGGAUGUCUGACUUUGACAGCUGUCAAUCUAUUCUUACUCAUACGGAUGGCUUACAUAACUAAGAGGCUAGUCAAGUUGUGUAAGAUCUAUUGUGAAAUUUGACAUCGGCUUACGUGAAGUGUGUGUACGGGUGGGCGGGUUGGCGUACGCUACGUCAUAACCAACUUUUCUCGGAUGGAUAGUUUACCAAAUUUUCUUACCCAUGGUGCUCCGCUGCGCGCGCGAGAGAGCUCCGCUAUUAACGUCAAUCCUGUAGUUAUCCCACUUAAGUUAAACCAGUUGAACCUGUUUUUAGUGUCAUCCCUUUAGAGCUCAAUGUGCUUGUUAGCAGUUGCUCAUAUUUGCUGCCGGGCAUCAGCCGGCAGCACCCAUAUUCUUGAGCGAUUUGAGAUUUUUUGGUUCAAUGGUUCAAUGGUUCCAUGGUUCAAUCAGCAAGGUGACCAAUCAGCAAGUGCUUAGCUGCCGCGCCUGUUUUUCUCUUCAGAGCAACCGCCAUUUUGUUUUGUUCUCAUGUGAGUUUAAGAUUUGUGCAGAAGUUGUAGUACAUCGGAUGUUUACUGUCUUUUUAAACAGCCUAAACGGUAAGAACAGUUCAAGAACUAUUGUACGGGACAUUUUUCCGGUUUUUUUUUAAUGCUAGGUUUCAAGAUUAGUUGUAGCGAGUAUUUUUUGUCACGCAGAUUGUUAUCUCGGAAAUCAGGAUUGUAAGUUGUGAUCGGCGUGUACUGUACGUCUACCUGACCUGUGAAUAAACAAGUUUUGGCCCUUAGUCUUCACGUUAUUUGUUCGCAACUCUUCUCGUCAUGUACACGAUGAUUGUUCGAUGAAGAAACAGUCUAUCAGCACUGCUGUUGUUAAAAUGAAUGACAAAAUCAUGUUGAAACUCUGGCGAGUCAGUAUCUGAAUGUAAACAUAUUUGUCAUUGUGAUCGGUUCAUUUUUUGUAUUUUACUCUGAGUGCAUCAUAAUUCUAUGUUAUUGACUUUAAGAAAAAAAUUCAUAUGUUUAACUGUUCUACAUAUUGUCUUUGUUCUAUUCGCAUCGCAACUCACGGCAGCACUUCCCUUCUCAAUGAGAACUUCUAGUUUAUUUUUUAAGGAACUCAUUCAAAAUGCUGAAGAUGCUGGUGCGAGCCAAGUGAAAUUCCUGUAUGACAAACACAGCUAUGGAGAAAAAAAACUGCACGACGAAAAGCUUGCCACGUAUCAGGUGAGUUUUGAAAAAGGGGUAGGUAAGAAUUGAGUGCAGUGUUUUCGGCAGUUUUCUGAGAGAUAAGCAACAGGAUCUUACAAUAUCUGCAGGGUCUUACCUGACUGACAGCCACCAUUGCUAUCGUCUGUCUUUGAUGGGUUGUGGGAUUGGGUGUGGCCGGGGAGCGCCACUGAAUCUGGUGGUGCUUUUCCCCGCGACUGGGCAGGUUUUUGUUUAGUAAAACUGAUCGUUGGAUAGUGCCUUCAGUUCAAACUUGUAAUUGCUUCGUAACAGGGACCAGCGCUUUAUGCGUACAAUGACGCCGAGUUUACCAAAGGCGACUGGAGGGGUAUCAGAAUGCUCUGUGACAGUAACAAGGUCAAAGAUCCAAUGAAAGUUGGUCGGUUUGGCCUUGGUUUCAAGUCAGUGUUUCACAUGACAGGUAGGUACAUCGCACGGAACAAUUCGCGCCUUGUAUAUCUGAUCGUCUGCAUCCAAUGUUAUUUUUAGCGUUUUUUGUUUAGCUUUUUAUUUCGAGAAUCAUUGGCCAUGUUAAGAAUUAAGAAAUACGAUUUAUUGUUUGUUACUAGCAAAUUAGCUAAUAGCUUAUAAUCGUCCACAAAAAGAAUAGAAACAUAAUAAAAAUCAAACACAGCUGAAACUUCGCAAUGACUUAAGACAAACUAAUUGGCUAUCUGUUACUGAGGAUACCCUAGCUCAUUAUAUGACCCUGCAUUGGCUGGUUCCGGACGCGUGUAAGAUAAAGCAAACCCUGUGUUGUUAUUUUAAUCAAGCCUCUUUUGCCCUUUAAGGAUUUUCCUCUUAGGCCCUGCCAGAAAUAGUUCUCUUGAGAAUAUAAUAAAUCCAUCACUCAAUCACUCGCCACUUAUGUUCGGUCAAGAUGGCUGGAGGUUAGCCUCGUGCUUAGUUUUUGCCUUUUCAUUGACCUCAACUUCACGAAAAGUUACUCUGGCAAUAUCUUGCUAUGUUGGCGUCACGUUUGGUCAAUAACGCAUAAAGGCAUAUAUCUGAAGCAUUUUUCCUUGGCUUUUAGAUUUACCGAGUAUCCUCAGCAACACACGGAUAGGUUUCAUUGAUCCACUGGAGCACUUGACUGAUGACUGGAAUCAAAUAACUGGGUUCAGCUGGCUUUUAAAGGAGAGUGAAAAAAUGGAACGUAUACAAGAUCAGUUUCGUCCUUACAAAGAAAUAUUUGAUUGUAACGAUGAAGUCUUUUCUGAAGGAAAGUACGGUGGGACAUUGUUCCGUUUCCCUUUACGGCACACUCCGUCCAAAUUAUCAGAAACAUUGUACUCGAAGGAAAAAAUGGAAAGGUUGUUUGAGAGUUUCGUUGGCGAUGCUCACCUUGUGCUUUUAUUUCUUCGAAAUCUGGAAUCCAUUGAGCUCUACGCGCGAGAGAUUGCAGAAUCCAUUCCAAAAAGAAUCUUUCAAGCGAGAAUCAGUGAAGAUAGCCUUGAGUUAGUUAGGAAGAAAAGGAAGGAGUUCUUUGAAAAAAUCGAACCAGGUAAACGCAUGCUUGAGCCUGUCACAGUGACGUAUCGAGUUACAAUUGAGACGGUUGUGCGGGAAAACAACAUUCAGCAGUUUUCCUUCCUUGUCACAAGCUACUGCUGUGGUGGGGAGCUCUCAUCCGAGUUUGAGACGCUUCUGACAGAUGAAGAACUUAGCUAUUUACCCUCCGUUGGCGUUGCUAUGGGGGUUCCCCCGACAAAGGACCUUCCGACGCCUGAUGUUGCGGGGCACGUGUUUUGCGCUUUGCCUUUGCCUGUGCAAAAAAAGAGCAUGACAGGUUUGCCCGUUCAUGUAAAUGGAUUCUUCGCCCUCACUCAGAACAGACGCCACAUCAAGACACCAAACAAAGAUCAAGAUGACCGAAGCAAACUUACUGACAAGUCCUUGUUAUGGAAUUGCUGUUUGAUGGAAGAGGCUCUUCCAAAAGCCUAUGUCACGAUGAUUAAGGAAGCCAUAAUCAACUUCAACGUGAAUCCCGAUGCAGUGUACAAGUAAGGUUUUACUUUGCUUAUUAAAUCACAGGAAGGCCUUUUUUAAUCGUGAUUUUUUCUCAUAACGUUGCAGUGUUAUUGGCAUGUGGUUGUGUAUAAGUUAAUGGGAUGCGUGACCUCCUUUAUUUCGGAGUAAUUUCCUCGGCGUAACAACCUUAUUGCAUUGGGAUUCUUUAACAUCCUCCUACGUGCCUGGUAUUUAAAUAUAUUGUGUACAGGUAACACAGUUAGUUUGUACUAAAACAGAGAAAACAAUGAGUUUUUUUCUAUCGUUAGUUGACAAGGUGAAUAGGUCCAGUACUUGCACUUCGUCAAAGCCAAUUGGGAUUGAGGACCUCGGUAGGAACGUGGUAACAGAAAAACCCAAAAAAAGCAAAACACAUUUGAAUGAAAGGCGUUUUUUGAAGUUUUUUUUGUGAUUUUAGGUGUCGAUUUCAAAGACAAAUUUUCUUUUCUAUUUAGCCCUUUCGACCCGGAAGUGCACUUAACCGCGCUCUUGCGGAUCCAAUUCCUUUCUACCGCCUGUGAGGCCAUCAUUUCUACGGUCACGGAGAGCUUUGUCCGCUAACUGUGUACGGUGAAGAGAUCUUUCAAACCAUACCAGAAUGAGGACGAGUGAGUCAAGGAGGCCGGAGAAAAAGUCAAAAAAGCGUGUGGCAUUGACCUGAAAAUUUCCAAUGUAAAUCUUCUUCUAUUACCGCCUACCUUACUCUUUCCUGUCAUCAAAUCCUAAGAACCUAAAAGCUUUCACAAAAACUUUUCCCACCAAAAUGUAGCAUACGUAAUGCCCAGUAAAAGUCAAGACUACUGUGACACCUUUUUGAAUCCCAGAACUUUCUGCGCAUGCUUGAACUUCGCGAGCUAAUAUUUUGCGUCUGGAUCAGAAGGCCGCAAAGUGUACGACCUAUAAGCGGUUUUGUGGUAAGGUUUAUUUCUUUUUAGCAAGACAGUGAUGAGAAAACCGCUCAACUACAACCCUGGUUAAAACGUUUGGGACAUUUUGUGUUUCAGGUGAGGAGAUGUAUUUCAAGUUGACCCCCCCCCCCCCCCCCUAAAAGGUGUGGGGGGGUACAGGAAAAAACCUUUCCACAUUUUUCCAACCCUUUUUAACCCUUUUUUGGGGGGGGGGGGGGGGGGGGGAAAUUUUUUUUGGGGCUGUUUUUGGGUGGGGUUAUGGGGGUUUCUCUAAAAUUUCCAAAAAAAAAAAAGAAAAAAAGGGGGGGGCCCCCAACGAGUUUUCCCCGGGUGUAGUGUUAAAAAAACCCUUUGUAAAUUUUUUCUGGGUAUGGUUGAAAUUUAGUGAAAGAAAAAUUGUUUUUUUUUAUUUUGGGAUUUUACAUUAACCUUUCCCCCCCUGGAAUUUUUGCCGAAAAGCGGUUUUUGAGCCUACAUCCCGGGCAAAAACGUUGGGGGACCCCUCCCCUUUUUACCUUUUUUUUGAAGGGAAUUUGAAGGUACCCGCCAUUCCCCCCCCAAAAAACCGGCCUAAACAAAUUUUCCCCCCCACCCCCCCCCCUGAAAUGGGUUGGUGUUGAAAAGUCAAAAACCUUUCACAUUUCUGACAACCGUUAUAGACCAUUGUUCGGGGGGGGGGGGAUGGGGGGGAAAUCUAGUUAAGGCCGUGUUUAUGAGUGUGUACUGCAGGUUACCUGCAAAUUCCAUACAAAAACAAGUGAAAAAGGGGAGGUGUCCCCAAACGUUUUGGCCCGGAUUGUAGCUUCAAAACGCGCUUUUCGGCAAAAUUUCCAGGGGCGAAAUGGUUAAUGUAAAUCUCCAUAAUAACAAGAAACACUUUUGAUUCAACUAACUUGCAACCAUCGCCAGAAUAACUUAUCCUUGCUUUUUCUGUUACAUGCUCAGUAUUUAAACCACACAUAACAAAAAAUCGGAUCCAAAUUGAAUAAAAUUUGUAAAAAUAAAACAACCACGUCAGUGUUUUCGUAAAUGAAUGAUAUUUUUGUGAAGAAAAAACUGACAAAACGUCAACUGAGCUACGUACUAGACGUCGGAAAGAAACCUCGUUAUUGCGCAUAAUAUAGUUUUUUAGUUACUUGAUUCUUACAAAGAAACUUCUAUAUUAUUUGUCAUUCAGAGCAUGGCCACAUAACGCAGUUAUUGACCCAGCUUGGGAAAGACUUCAGGGACCAUUUUUACAGCUGAUGUGUGGUGAACCCUUCGUAUACACUCCAGCUAGUGGAGGUCAGUGGCUGAAGGCGGAGGAGGCUAUCUUUGACACCAUCCACAAACAUGACAGCGAACUUAAGAAGCUUCUCGUCACAGUUUUGCUUCAAGCCAAUCAAAAUGUUGCCUGCCUGCCCGAUCAUGUGCUGGAAGCCGUAUCUGUCACACAAGAGAUGGAGAUCACUCCCUCGCUGGUCCGAAAAGUGCUCAAAAAUUUCCCAACCGGCUAUAGGACCCUUGAGCGAAUGCAUAAAUUGCUACUUUUGAAAUUCGUCUUGAACGGCCAAUACACAAACGUUGAAGAACUCCUUGGUUUAGAGUUAUUACCCACUUCGAAUCAAGGUUUUACGUCUUUUUCAAAGCAUGAUAGAGCUAUUUUUAUCUGCUCACGUGAGUAUCCUCAAGAAGUUCAGCUUUUGCCAGGCCUAGGGCAUCGCUUUUUAGACCACGACGUUGACGAACAGCUGUUUAGAAGCCUAGAAGCAGUUGCAGAGAAAGGUAUGUUUAUUACGAAAUUACUUGACAUGACAUGCGGGUAACUGAAGGAGUAAGUCUCUAUGAAAGGCUAAAGCAAAUUUAAGAACUGGAAUAGAUAUUCUACGUCAUGAAUAAAUAUAAUUUGCUAUAUCCUGCUUCAUUUCUUGCUGUAGCAUAAGUUGAGUAUUUAACUGCGAUGAUCUUUUCCGCAUUUAUAUUUUCAUCUUGCAGUUCAAAUACAUGGAAUUUAUUUGUCAUUUCUUCUUCAUCUUUCCCGGGUAUAUUACGAAACAAUUUAAUGACCAGCCCCCAGUUAGAUUGCCAGCGCUGCACUGGUGUCGCAGGACGCAGAGUUCUAAUCCCGGCUAGCCUGAAUUUUUCCAGGCUUUUUUUGACAAAAGCAUAAGUUGCGUAUUUAGUUAUGAUCAUCUUCUCUACAUUUAGUUCUUCUACUCAUGAUAAUUAAAUUGUCAGUGCAAAAAAUUAUUCAUCACUCGAAUGACCGCAGUGGAAGCUAGCCACAGUCUGAGAAAGAACGUGGUUAGAGCUGUCAGGAGAAACAUUGGUACUUAUGUCCUUACAGUACCGCUAAACAAACACGGUUUUAUUUCCAUUCAGCGAAAUAUUUUCAACUGCCUUGAACUGAUCAAAACCAAAGACAACAAUUUCAUUGCGAUUUCAACGGGAAUAUUCCAGAUUCUUAUCCGCUUUCUUGGCUCGUAAGCCUUUGGGAGGUUUACAAUACUCUGACACUAGGAACAUUUUUUGCUUGAGUUGCAGGAUCCCGAUUGUAACUGGAAGUUAAUAGGAAAUGAGAGUCUUCGUUUACUUUAUUUCUAUAUAGGAUUCACCCAGUUGCAGCGUCUUUGUAAAGAUCAUAUGCCAGAUCUACUUCGCGAGGCCCUGCCAUCUGAAUGGGAAGGUAAAGAUAUGGUUAAAUGGUAUCCCGAUGAUAACAGAUACAAUCAUCCCACGAAGAACUGGCUCAAGCGCGUCUGGGACUAUCUACGAGAACAAUUUGAAAAAGAUCUCUGUAACUUUAAGAACCUUCCUUUGAUUCCACUUGACCUGUCUUGCCACCCUAUAGAAUUAACAAAGAUAGCAACCCCGUCGAAAAUUGUUGCGAGCAGGCCGGGUGAAAAGCAUGAUAUCCUAGAAAGCUCUCGUUGUCACGUGUUAAAGGCCUUGGGUGUUAUAAUCAUGAAGAAUUCUCCACAUUUUCUGAAAAGCCAUCCUGGAAUAGAUAAAUUUGUUCACCCACCAUCUGCCACACGUAUAUUGCAGGCGAUGUUGUCUUCUUCCCGCGUGAUGGGGGAAGGCAUACACUCGGCUAUUCUGAGCGACGUUGGAGAUAAUGACAGGCGUUCGUUAAGAAAAUUAAUUGCUAAAGUGCCAUCCUUGUCUUUAAAGGAGAAGGAGUAUCUUUCGUGCCUUCCACUUUUCGAGACGCUGUCUCAGGACUUCGUGUCCAAAAAGCAGGGGCUAGGUGCCGCACCAAAGGAAGCGUUGCCAUUUAAACCCCGUGGAGACUUUAUUGAUGCGAAAGAGCCCGACUCCAUGGCUUUGGCGCGCUUGCUAGACAUCCAAAUACCGACGCUGAUCGAAUUUCUGUGCGAAAGAAUACUUCCAGAUGUCAAAGGAGGAGGCUAUAUUGAGCCCGAGAUUGAUAACGUGAUUAUGUUUGUGAUGGGUCAUAUUGACACCGAUGCAAGGCUAGUAGAGGAGAUGAAAACUUUGAAAUUUGUCUCAACUAACAGUGAAGGACGGGUUUCAGCUAUGGAACUCUUCGAUCCUAGAAAAGGCAAACUAAGAGACAUUUUUGCUGGCGAAGAUGUUUUUCCCGUCUCGCGGUAUGCUGCUCCUGAAGUCCUUAGAUAUUUAGAGAAACUUGGCAUGAAGAGUGAGGAAGAUAUCACAGCUUAUGACCUCUACAAAAGUGCCACGAAGGUCGGUGAAAUUGUAACACAGACAGAGGUAGAGAGGAAGUCGAAAGCAAUUCUGAGUUAUCUCUGCAGACAUCCAAAGAAGCUCGAGGAGAACGUCUCUGGCGUGUCGCUGGGAAUAAAGCUUCAAGAUGUCUCUUGGAUAUCCCCAGUGCGAGUAAAGCCCCUUAAUUUUCCCAAUAGCCUUCCUUUCUACGGAGAAAAUGAAACAGAAACUUAUUUCUUCAAGCCCACAGAGGUAGAGACAGAAGAUAAAGUGUCCAUAAUUGGAGCAAUAAGGCCUGUUGUUUCAGUUAAUUCAUCAAGUGAAGUAGCCAAACAUCUUGGUUGGGACAAGAGUCCCCGUGCACUGGACGUUGUGGAGCAUUUUAAACUCUUGAUCGAUUAUUACAGAAAGGAUGAAAAGCCACAUUAUAUGUUAAUGGUGGGCGAAAUUUACUCUUUCCUUCUUAAGACAGAUGAGACUCACGUGGAACAAGCGUUGGAGGGAAUCAAGAGCUCAAGAUGGAUUUGGAAUGGAGACGGCUUUUCCUUUCCGAAUGCUGUGCUUGCGGGAAAGCCUUCUAUUGACCUCUCGCCUUACAUUGCAUGCCUUCCUACAGAGAUGAACAACUACUCUGAAUUGUUUUCCAAGUGUGGCAUGCAAGAGCAGUGUGAUGUUUCAUGCCUGCUGUUUGUCCUUAAAUUGAUUAAACAGAAGUAUGAUGAUUGUGAAGAGCGACAGUUUGAUUCUAAAGAGGUGGAAAGAGAUCUACAGUUGUCUAUCAACAUUUUGAAUAAGGUGGAAUCCGAAGUCGGAGGCGAGAUAUCACCAGAACUUCUCCAGGACGUUUUGCUUCCAACUUUCGUAGAAAACGAUGCUUAUGUGAAGCUAGCGCAAGUGGAAGAAUGCGUUUAUUUAAAGCACGGGUCGCGACCAUUAGAUGAUGAUGAAAGCAUGGAUUAUCUACUAUUACACCGAAAAGUUCCUUUUAGCACUGCAGAAUAUUUCAACGUUCGUACCCUACAGAACAGUAUGCUAGAUCCUGAUGAGCUUGGAUUUGGGGAAGAGUGUGGACAGGAAGAAAAACUUACUAGUCGACUCAGCACGCUCUUGGAGGACUACACCGAUGGAUUUGCAGUACCGAAAGAACUUAUUCAAAAUGCAGACGACGCGGGUGCAACUGAAGUUAGGUUCCUGUACGAUGAAAGAACCAACGAGGAUGCAAUGGAUUUUUUGUUUGACGAAGGAAUGAGAGACUGCCAAGGUCCUGCUUUGUGGGUGUACAAUGAUGCUGUUUUUCAGAACGAAGAUUUUCAAAAUCUGACUAAGUUAAAUGGAGCGACAAAAGAAGAAGACACACAAAAAAUUGGAAAGUUUGGACUUGGCUUCAAUGCAGUGUAUAAUCUGACAGACGUUCCUAUGUUAGUGAGCCGAAACUACUUUGUUAUCUUUGAUCCUAACACUUUUCAUCUUGGAAAAGCCAUAAGAAACAAAACAAAACCAGGCAUAAAGAUUGACACCAACAAAAACGUAAAGAAGCUGCGAAAUUUUCGCCAUCAAUUUAAGCCGUUUAAUGGUAUCUUUGGCUGUGAUCUCUGUCUGGAAAAAGAAGACAAUUCAUUCCACGGAACACUGUUUCGCUUCCCUUUACGAACCAAAACUCAGGCUAUAAAGAGCGAAAUAAAACAACUUGCUUAUGACUGCAAGCAAAUGAAAGAACUUUUACAGAUUUUUAUCAAAGGGGCUGGAUCGUUACUACUCUUUACGCAGAAUAUCUGUCGAGUCAGAAUUUUUCACUUGUCCAAAGAGGCGACAGAUGCGAGACAACCCAAAAUGUUGUUUGAAGUAACGAAGUCGUUAAUGCAAGGAGGAAUCAUACGGAAGUUGCCUGUGCAAGUCGACCUCCCUUUUGCUGCCAGCAGUCUCAGCAAAGACGAUAAACUCUGUCUGGAGCAAUGCAACUUUCUUAAGGCAUCAACAAUGGCUGCUGAUCAAUUUGUCGAAGAAGCAGAAAAUGAAAGCGCCGUUUUGCUGAGAUCAGGGCUAAUCCUUAACAUUCAGAGCAUCAUGACGGAUGAUGGACGCCUUUUCUUUCAAGACACUACUACUCUACCAACAGGUGUCGAGACUUGGCUUGUCGCCUCUUCCAUGGGCAAAGGCGAAGCACUGAAGCUUUCCCGGAGUGAAAAAGGUCUUAUUCCUUCUGCAGGAGUUGCUGUUCGACUGUCCCUUGACAAUGGCUCUGUUUCAGGGCCUCUAUGUCCUUCAGAUUUUAAAGGAACCUUGUUCUGCUAUCUUCCACUUCCAAUCCACAGCGGUCUUCCUUUACACGUUAAUGGCGCUUUUGCAGUGGCCUCAAACAGACGUACUUUGAAACAGAAAACAAAUGACGACAAAGCCUGUGUUGGAGCAGAGUGGAACAAUAUUCUGUUCCAAGAUUCAGUCUGCGCAGCGUACCUAGAUCUUCUUGAAGACGUUAAGUCAUCUAGUACUCAAAUGUCUAGGAGCAAAUACCUGUAUCAUUGGCUUUGGCCCUUGUCUUGUAAAGUGGAAAAGGCCUGUGAACCGCUCGCGAGAUCACUUUACGAUCACCUUGCUUCUGGUAGUAGUUCCCUUUUCUCAGAUGGAGAAAAAUGGGUCAGCAUCCAUGAGGUUGUCUUUCUCGAUCCACGGUUCCGCCAUGAUUCUAAUAUCGGUGACAUUUCUUUUAAAGUAUUUCAGGCGUUGGUUUCUAGGGAUGUAGCUGUGAUCGAUCUUCCUUAUGAUGUGUACAAAUCCUUUGCAAACUAUGGGUACGAAGAACUUAUCCAUUCCAAAAGGUAUGAUGUAAAGAGGUUCUUUGUCGAGCUAUUUUUCCCCAACAUUGGUUCUGUCCCGUCUCACUUAAGAGACAGGCUGGUCAUGUACGCACUGGAUGAGAAAAAUGAGUGGCUUGACGAGACGAUUAAGGGCCAUAAAUGCAUUCCAACAACACCGCUUGGUGAAUCCCUGAAGUGUCCCAGCAAGCUAAUAAGUCCAAGCGGAGUCACUGCUUCCUUGUUUUGCCCGUUAGAUGAAAGGUUUCCACACGGAAGUGAACAAACAUUUCUUCAUCCCCAAAGACUAUUUAAACUCCAGCAACUUGGAAUGUCAACCGACGAUCUCUCCUGGGCAGAGGUUGCCGAAAGAGCAGAGAGCAUCAGUGUCUUAAAUCAAAAGUCUACGGACGCAGCUACUAAAAGAGCCAAAAACCUGAUCGAUUUCUUAGAAAAGAAGCUGACUCUUGAAGGUACAUCUUCUUUGCUGAGUGAGGAUUAUUCUAGAAUUUUGAAAGCAAAAUUUCUACCAGUUCUCAAGAAACCAAAGUCUUUUCCUCUUAUUUGGAAGGGGAGUGAAAGUGAUCGUAGAAAAAAUCAAGUGUUCGUAUCGUCGAUGGAGGGAUUUUUAUCCGAGCACAUGUAUUUAGUAUGCUGCAGCCAGCCAGUCAUAGAAGAGUCUCUCGCACAAAAAACCAAAAAGUUUCUGAGAUUAGACGGAAAACGACCCAAACUGAUGCAUGUAUCUGAACAAAUUAAAAAGGCAAUUUCUACAGGCUCAGGAGCCGGUGAUGCUGAAACUGAGGAAAUAAGAAAAGUUUGCAUCCAGUCCUACCAAUUCCUUCAGGAAGCUCUCGAUAGUCAUGAAACGCAAAUAGCCGAUUUUCUUCGACGUUCAAAAUUCAUUUUUGUGGGAGAUAGGUUUGUGCCUUCAAAUCAAGUUGCUUUAAAGUUGGAGGGUGAUUGUUCUCCAUAUUUGUACAAGCUUCCAAAUGAUUUAGCCAGGCGAUACUUACCGUUAAUGCAGGUGGCUGGCGUGAGAAAGGUUUUCCAGGUGGAAGAUUUUAUUUCUGCUCUGAAGCGCAUUAAGCAAGAUUUUCAAGACGAAAAACUAGACGAGGAGAAACUUCGUGUUGCAAUAAGCCUGGCGGCUCAAUUGAAAGAAUCACUGGAGAAGUCCAAAGUGCAGAUUACAGCUGACUUUAAAAGGGAAUCAGUUUACCUUCCAAAUUCGCGUGGAGUAAUGCAACUCGUAAGUGAACUUUGCAUUGAUGAUUGCCCCUGGAUUUCUAACAACGAAGGCGUCCAGUAUGUCCAUCCCGAAAUCCCCGUAUUAAACUGUUACCACUUAGGAGUUAAAACUCGUCGAGCAGCAGCCUUGCGGCAUUAUACUCAUGGAAUCCCAUUUGGUCAGAGAGAAGAACUGGCGAAUCGUUUAAGGCGGAUUUUGGAAGCCUUUCCAUGCGAGAAGGAGCUCUUGAAAGAACUUCUCCAAAAUGCUGACGACGCUCAAGCAACCGAAAUUUGCUUUAUUCAUGAUCCCCGACACCAUUCAAAGGAAAGAGUAUUCGACGAAUGCUGGGAACCUUUGCAGGGUCCGGCAUUAUGUGUGUACAACAACAAGCCUUUUACGCAGGCCGACAUUGAAGGAAUACAAAACCUUGGACAAGGAAGUAAGGCGGAUGACCCAAACAAGACUGGGCAAUAUGGCGUUGGUUUCAAUGCCGUCUACCACUUGACAGAUGUUCCUUCCUUCAUGUCCAGUGGCGAAGAAAUUGGCGACGUCUUAUGUGUAUUCGAUCCACAUUGCCGGUAUGUCCCUGGAGCAAGUUCUCAAGUACCUGGAAGAAAGUACACAGAUACCAAACAACUAAGGACAGUUUUUCCAGACGUUUUUUCCUGCUAUCUAGAAGAACAUUUUCCCAUCGAGAAUUCCACUGUGUUCCGAUUUCCUCUUCGAACACAAGAAAUGGCAAAAGUUUCCAGGUUAACGAAAACCCCAGUUACCUCCCAGAAACUGAAUGAAAUGAUGCAGUCCCUAAAGAACGAGCUCUUUGAAGUCCUCCUUUUCGUUAAUAAUGUCAAAAAAAUUACUGUAUGCGAUAUCGAUGGAAACAGCGGCAAGAUGGCAAACACGUUCUCAGUUGAGGCGGCGAUGUCGGAUGAAGAUGAAGUGAAACGAACUGAAUUCGCUAACCAUAUAAAGCAGAUCGGAAAGUUAGCAAAAGAAAAUGGAAGUGUCAUCUUAAAUACCGAAGUUAAGAAGUGUUCCUAUGUCAUGACUCUGAGGGACUCGGAUGGCAACGAAGAGAAGUGGCUAAUUGUUCAACAAUUUGGUUUUGAAAAAACCGUCUCAGAAAGCCUAGCAUUUGCUUACCGCAAUCACGAGCUGGGGUUGAUUCCUCGAGGUGGCGUAGCUUGUCUUUUGGAAAAGAAACCAAAGACACCUGUAGAAGCGGUAAGAAAAAAGAAAGCUUACUGUUUUCUUCCGCUUCCCAUAGAAACCAACCUUCCAGUUCACAUCAAUGGACACUUUGCUUUGGAUCACGAGGCCAGAAGAAAUUUGUGGUGGGACGAAGAAAGCGGCUAUCGAAGUGAGUGGAACAAUGCGAUACUUGAGGAUGUGGUGGCAUCAUGCUAUCUUACACUUUUAUACGAAGUGAGGGGAUUCUACCAAUUACCAUUCAUGAUAAACGAAUCUGAAACUCUAAGAUGUCCUGAAGAUGAUCUUCUGGAGAGGGUUAGACGUUUUGAGAAUUUAUUUCCACAGUUUGAUGGUCCUGGUUCCCACUGGAACACGCUUGUCAGAUCAGUGUAUAAGGGCAUGGAUGAAAAACGACUGCGGCUUUUGCCUGUAGUGCGCUGCGCUUCACAAAGUACAGACCCUGGACGUUUAAUCCAACUCAGGUGGUUUCCGCCAACAGGCAAAGGAAAAGACCAAGCAUUCUUUAACAACAUUGACAAUGUUGGAAGCGCUAGCAAGCAAAGUAAACAUGGAGGACGUGAUCUUGGGGAAAUCCUAAUUCAAACGGGGUUUAAUCUGCUAAGUUUUUCCUUACUUGUAUUUGACGCAUUCAAGAAAUCUGAUGUCAACACCACUUGUGUUUCACCUUCCUCGGUAUUAGAUUUCUUUAAGACGUACAGCUCUCAAGAUUCCCUUGGCACAGUUGGAAUCGAUAUCAGUGAGACACCGUUCGAAAACGUCCAAAGUCUUGCACUUCUGCUCAGGUACUGCAAGAGAGAUUUUCAUUUUCUGGAAAAAUUACCUGGUCUUCCGUUGCUUCUAACGCAGGACAACAUCCUUCGGGCAUUUGAUGUUUACAAUCCCAAGUUUUUGUCUCGCUACCACGACAUUUUGCCGAAUUCGAAGGACAUGUUUGUCCAUGAACAUAUAAGAUACAAGCUCUUCGAUGACACUGCGAGUCUCGAGGCACCUUUAUUUCGAAGUUUUGACGUCCAGGCUUUUUCUUUCCUUUUACCGCAUUCUUUGCCGGCGUGUUCGUUUUGUCGGUCAGAUGAGUACGUUACGUGGAAACCACAUAGCACGAUUCAGCCAAAUAGUUGGUGGAUCUCUAGAGUCUGGAGCUUCCUUGGGGAAGAGGUAGCACGCUUUCAGGGAGGUUGGCCAGGAAGUGUAAGCAUACUGUCAGUACUGAAUCCUCUGACUAACUGGAACAUCCUCCCUGCAACUGAAGUGCAGGUUGAAAUUGACGCAAAUGAUCCAAGUGUGGUCAACGAACAAGUGUUGGUUCCCUUGACACUAGCCGAAUCUGUUCUUGACUUUAGGGAGCAAUCUAGAAGCAGUCGACUGGAUUCAGCUUUGAGAGACCUGGGUCUUCCUGAGCUGAACUGUGCUAUUUUUUCUGCCUCGUCUGCAAACAAUACGUUUUUGGCUUCUCAGCCCAUUGCAAGGCAAAUCGUAGCAUCGCCUGAAAAACCAAGUUCUAUCCUUGCAGCACUCCUCCAAAAGAUGAAGCGAAACCCACAGUCCUUGCAAGAAAAAUUGGAUCUUUCAAGUUGCAAAGUCAUCCUUCAGUAUUUUAGCCACAACGUUGAAAUCCUCGAGAAAACGCUCUGUGCAAACGACUUAGAGUCGUGCAAAACCACUCUGAGAAAGUUGCCCUUUUAUUCAACUAUAGACGGUCGUCUUGUCAGUCUAAAUGAACAAAAAGUUUGCGUAAUUCCAAGUGUUAUGCCCAGAGAAGAGAUGGCCUUUUUACAAGAAAAAGUGAAAAUGUUGUUUCUGGAAGCCAUGGAAGAUCUCUCCAAACUAUUUAAAUUUUUGCGAUUUGAUUCCAUCUCGACUGUGGAUGUGUAUUGUCAGUCCGUCCUACCACAUUUCGAGGUCUUCAGUACCGAGGCACGGCAGAAGCACCUCAAGUAUAUCCGCGACUCCUUGCUUAAUGAUGCAAGCGAUGAGUACAGACUGUUGCAAUGCUUGAGUAACACAGAAGUCAUAUCCAGCCAAGAGGGAACGUUGAAAAGAGCGUCUAGUUUCUAUGACCCAAGGAAUGAAGUUUUCAAAGCCAUGCUUCCCGAAGAAAGCUUCCCACCUGUACCCUACAACUGUCUAGAGUGGUUGCCGUUUAUGAGGAAAAUAGGAAUGAUACAUGAAAUUUCCCGUGAUCAUUUCAUCAAGUUUGCCAGAGAAGUUGCACAGGAGGCAUCACAGCGCCGUGCUUCGAAGACAGACGAGAAGUCAAAGCUUCUUGUUUCCAACCUUUUGAAACGAUCGAAACCAUCAGAUGGACUGCUGCAAGGGGUUUGUAAUGUUCGUUUUGUAGUCUCAGAUCCAGUCGCGGAUGACCUUAAAAAGUUACAUUCACAGUAUGGUUCAAAGGACGAUGGCCUCAGUCCAUACAUUUCAUUUCAAGACUCUGUUGUUUCUGAUCAUACUGAAACCGUGUGGACAGCAGCGCACAUACUUCCACGAUGGGCUGAUCCGAGAUUUUGUUUUGAAAUGAAAGUACCUCAGUACUUAAAGAGGGACGAUUUUACCAGCUCCAUCCUUUCGGAUCUGAACGUUUUAUCUGAACCCACUGUGCAGAUGGUUAUUUCACACUGCCUUAACAUUACUCAUCAAGUUUCCAAACAAAAUGACAAGAAAUUUGCUGACGAUCAGGGUACCACGAGGAUGUCAGUCAUGAGAAAUAUGUACAAGUUUUUCCAAAGAAAGGUUUCAGCAGGAAAUUCUAUCGUGGAGGACCUUAAGAACAAGCCUUGCAUUUUGGUUGAAGAGGGGACAAGAUUUGUGCAAAGCAAACAAGUGGUUCUUGAGCUGUACGAGAGCCUGGAGAUAUCACCAUUCCUUUAUCGGUUGCCUCCUGUGUUAGGGGAGUUUCAGAGUUUGUUUCGUCGAUUGGGCUGCACUGAUUCUGUUACAGCUUUACACUACUCCAUGGUCUUGGAAAUGUUACACGAGCACUGUCAGUCAAUGAAGUUGAAUCCAAAUCAUAUUAAGAGUUCUUUAAAAGCGGUCCGAGGACUUUUCGAAACGCUGGAGCCAAAUCCCCAGGAGAAAUCUGAGUUCCAAACCUUGUACCUACCUGCAGUGUAUCAGGUUAGCAGAUGCUCCUUUGACAACCUGCACAAGUCGACUGAUUUAAUAUUCGAUGACGCUCCGGAAUAUCAGAGUAGGCUUGAAAAGUUUGACCAACUAUUAGUAGUGGACCUUAAGAUGGCGGAGCUGCAGUGUUCUUCCUCUAUGAACUAUAAGGACUACAUCUUACGCCUUCCAGAAAUAGUACGACCGCAAUUUCUAUCUGAUGUCAUACAAGAAAGAUUAACUUCUUCCGUAGAAAAUGUUGAUUCUAGUUCCACUGUCAUCGUUGCUGAUUCCUUAAAAAAGCAAUUAUGUUCAAGACAUUUCUUUCAAGGAAUUUUGAGGUUAAUUCGUCACGCAAACCAUGCAAAUAAAUGUUUAGAUGAAACUACAACUGUUCGUCUAGAAAGCAGACUUCGAAGUAUUGAGUUUCUUGGACUGAACCAAAUUGUGACCCACCUGGUGUAUAAAGAAAAUAUCAUUCCUGGCAGUGAAGCAGAAGUACCACACUUGUUGGAAAAAUUUUCAGAAAGUGGCAGAGAUGUUUGGAAGGUGUAUGUCAAUGGGAAGACAGAGGAGGGCGAUUCUCAGAUAUCACUGACCUUAACGCAAGUGAUCGCAGAAGCGUGUGAGGGAUUGUUGCGAGAAACUGUUAUGUUUAUACCAGAGAUGUUGCGCACGAAACCCAACAAAAUUUGGUCAAUCCUGGACCACAUGAAAAUUCGGCAGGAUGACUCUUAUGAUCCAUCGCUAAGUGAUCUUUUACCUGACCCAGGUGACUUCAUCCCGAUUCAGGAUCAUCAUCUCCUGGACGAAGCAUUCCAAGAAUUCUCUCCCGGAGAAUAUGUUGGUUUCGAAUUGGAGGAUCCAAGUCUAGAAAAUCAGAAAGGAGAUGCCACGUUUAUCUAUGCCAUUAUAGUUGAAGACGUCAGUGGCGAUGAAGAUACAAGUAUCUACACAAAACGUUAUAAAGUAAAUGUCGGACACGACAAAGAACUGUUGGUUGCCGAGUCAGCAGAUUUGUACAAAUUUCAUCAAUUUCACCCUUCUGCUGCUAAUCAAAAAGGAAGCUCCACUCAGGAUGCAGACAGAGAAGAAAUUUUUCGAAAAAUCACAGAGGUGCUUAAAAUGGUAUGGCGUCUUCCUACGAGAAGAAAAAGAAAGAUUAUAAAGCGAUUGUUUCUUCAGUGGCAUCCCGAAAGAAACAUUGGAGAUGCCGAUCUCUGCAAGAAAGUCUUUCAGUACCUUCAGAAUGAAAUUGAAAAGUUAGAGAGGGAUGAUGAAGAGAGCGAUCAAGGGAGCUACAAGAGUUUUUACCAUGUCUGGGCAACACGAGCCAAGCUGUAUCGUACACAACGCCAAGAAUACAGAGCAAAGUUUGUUAAAACAUAUGGCUCCUGGGAAGCCUCGACGAGCCACAGUAGAAGUGGAUGGGUUCCACCAAGUUUCUGCAAGAAAAAUCCCCAACCAGGUGAGGCAAGACGCUGGUUCAGACAGGCCGAAGAGGAUCUAAAGGCUGCUCAAGAAGAUUUGCGUUUUGGCACCACAUUUUACGAGUGGGUGUGUUUCAAGUGUCACCAGGUGGGCUGGUUAUGUUAUUUAAUCGUUCAACCUAAUGUUUUUAUUAGAUAGGAACGUUAAAAGUAUGUCUGGCAGAAUUCUACUAGCAAACGUCUGCCAAACAAAGAGGCACCCACUCCAAAUAGCUUUAUCUUACUACUUACCAGGAAAACCAGACAAUAUACUUUCCCCUACCGAAAUUAUAUGAAUAGGUUAGCAAAGCAAAAGAUUAUGUCUAUGAAAAUAAAAUUAAACGUUCAUGGAAUAAAGUUUUACCUUUUUUUUAGCCUGUCUUAUGAUUUUCAAUAAUUAUGUAAUUGCCAGCUUUUGACCGAAAUAUUUCCCAAAUUCUGGUAUUUUCAGGUCAAAAUGAUGUUACAUAUUUCAAAGUAACUUUGUUGCCUUUUAUUUAUAUAUUUUAAGAUCGCGUGUGCAUCUCUAAAAACUGAUGUUAGAGGGGUUGAGAGAGGCCUUUUGUGCUUUCUGUUUUUAUUGUUGUUUAGAGUGGGGGUGCAAAUGUGUGGGUAUUCGUGAAAAACAUUUUUUUUCAUGAUUUAUUCAUUUAAUUUCUUUGUGUUCAUUAUUAUUGGUAGGCUGCAGAGAAAGCAUUGAAGGCUGCCCAGUAUGCAGAAGAUGCCUCCAAGACGCGUGUUCAUAAUCUUUCAUUGAAUGCCAGCUAUUUGGGUGACUCAGAAUUAGCACGCAUCGCCAGCGAUCUGGAAUGUUGUGUGGUGGAUUCAACACGCAUGCGGUACCCUGAUAGGGUUAAUUAUCCCGCAAUUCCACAUGAUGUCUACACGGAUGGCAUGGCCAGAAAAGCGUUGGGUCUAGCUAGAGAAAUUCUCGAAAGAGUCCGCCAAAAUUGGCAGGUUUGUAAGCAAAAAUAG